CACUGUGAAAGUGGAGGCCUCCAUUCACUAGUCAUAGCAGAAGCCUUUGAGGACGAUACUGGACGUUACACUUGUCUGGCAUCAAAUUCUGUUGGCUCUGAUAGUACUUCUGCAGAAGUGUUCAUUGAAGGUGUCAGCUCAACAGAUUCUGAGAGUGAAAGUUUAGUUUUCAAAUCAAAAUCUGGAGCUAUGCCACAGGCCCAGAAGAAAACCACUUCGGUUUCCUUAACAAUAGGAUCAUCUACUCCAAAGGCUGGAGUUACCACAGCUGUAAUUCAGCCUAUCUCUGUGCCCAUUCAGCAGGUCCAAAGCCCUACUUCCUGUCUGUACCGACUAGAUGGAUCCAAGCCUCUCUACUCCACACCCAUUUUUACAAAGGAGCUUCAAAACUACACUGCAUCUGAGGGACAGGUGGUUGUAUUAGAGUGCAGAGUCAGGGGAGCGCCUCCCUUGCACGUCGAGUGGUUUCGACAGGGUGUUGAAAUCGAAGAUUCUCCAGAUUUCAGAAUUCUCCAAAAAAAGCCCCGGUCUGCAGCUGAACCUGAAGAGAUAUGUACAUUGGUGAUUGCAGAGACUUUUCCUGAAGAUGCAGGAACCUUCACAUGCACAACAACAAACGAAUAUGGAUCAGUGACAAGCAGUGCGCAACUUACUGUCUGCUCAGCCAUCUCUGAAAGCUCUAGCCAUGAGUUGUCAACAGGAGAAUCUAGCAGUGAUGAUUUCCAACAUUUCCCACCUCCCCCUCCAGUUCUUGAGAUUAGUUCUCUUGAGCUUCCUCCAAAGAAGCAUACAGACAGCCAACAGGUGAACAACACUGAGUUUAGGCCCAACGUAGCAGCCGUUCAGUUACAGCUCAAUUCUGCUGAGAAGCAAACCAACGGCAUCCACUCCAGUCAUGGAGCAAAUGGAGAGAUUAACAGCAAAGCCAAGAGAGAGAAAUCUGCUCCAGCUCCUUCUGUCCUGCUUUCCCCCACAAAGGAACCACCACCAGUCCUUGCCAAACCAAAGCUGGACCCAUUAAAAUUACAACAACUACAGAACCAAAUUCGUCUGGAACAAGAAAGUGGUCAUCGGCACCAUCACCACCAGCAACAUCAAAACCCUCCCCCAUCUCCUCCUUUUCCUCCUCCCCCUUCUUUCCAGGAGCUGGUGUCCAGCCAGUCUCCUGUACAAAUGAGCAUUCUCAACUCCCACACUUCCCCCACCAUGCAGCCAUCCAGCACUUUCAAUUAUGCCCGGCCUAAACAGUUCAUUGCUGCUCAGAACAUCAGCCCUGCAUCAGGUUAUGUAACUCCUUCAUCUGGAUCUUCUACAUCUAGCCUUCCAUCCCCUAUGUCGCCAACUGCCUCCCAGAAACAAUUUGGCAGAGCACCUGUUCCACCUUUCUCCCAGCCGUUUGCUCCAGAAGGGGAGUACAUGUGGUCUCCUUCUUCCUCUUCUCCCCCUCCCCCACCUCCACCAGUGUUUAGCCCAACUGCAACAUUUUCAGUUUCUGAUUCCUUCCCACUUCCCCCACCCCCUCCUCCUCUUCUCCCUUCCUCAGUUCCCUCACCUUCCCACAGUCUCUCUCCAACUGCUAGAUUCUCUACCUCCAAUCAGUCACCAGCAGCAUUCCUCAGCUCCAUGUUACCAUCCCAGCCACCUCCUGUAUCUGUCAAUGCACUAGGACUUCCAAAAGGUGUUAUGCCUCCUGGAUUUCCAAAGAAAACAGGUAGAACUGCUAGGAUAGCAUCUGAUGAAGAGAUUCAAGGGACAAAAGAUGCUGUCAUACAAGAUCUGGAAAGAAAACUUCGUUUCAAAGAAGAACUUUUGAACAAUGGCCAGCCGAGGUUAACAUAUGAGGAGAAGAUGGCACGUCGACUACUGGGUGCUGACAAUGCUGCAACCGUCUUUAAUAUACAGGAACCAGAUGAAGAGCUCACUACACAGGAAGCUUGCUCUCUUGAUGCUUCUAUAAUGAGUCCCGUGGAUAAUCAAAAGGAAUAUAAAGUCUCCAGUUUUGAGCAGAGAUUGAUCAGUGAGAUUGAGUACCGCCUGGAGAGAUCCCCUGUGGAGGAAUCUGAUGACGAGGUGCAGCAUGGAGAUGAGCCCAUUGAUAACAGUGUGGCACCAUAUUUUGAGAUGAAGCUGAAACAUUACAAAAUCUUUGAAGGAAUGCCAGUCACAUUUACAUGCAGAGUGGCUGGAAAUCCAAACCCAAAGAUUUAUUGGUUCAAAGAUGGGAAGCAAAUCUCUAAAAGAAGUGAUCACUAUAGAAUUCAAAGAGAAUCUGAUGGGACCUGCUCUCUCCACACUGUAGCCUCCACCCUGGAUGACGAUGGGAAUUAUACCAUCAUGGCUGCCAACCCCCAGGGCAGAAUAAGCUGUACUGGAAGACUGAUGGUCCAGGCUGUCAAUCAGAGAGGACGGAGUCCUCGGACUCCCCCCAGCCAACCCCAUAUCAGAAGACCUCGAUCUCGAUCAAGGGACAGUGGUGAUGAAAAUGAACCAAUUCAGGAACGAUUCUUCCGACCCCAUUUCCUGCAGGCACCUGGAGAUCUGAUUGUUCAAGAAGGAAAACUCUGCAGAAUGGACUGCAAGGUCAGUGGAUUACCUACUCCAGAUCUAAGCUGGCAACUCAAUGGAAGACCAAUCCGUCCUGAUAGUUCUCACAAAAUGUUGGUGCGUGAAAAUGGUGUACACUCUCUGAUCAUAGAGCCAGUCACUGCUAGAGAUUCUGGAAUCUAUACAUGCAUUGCCACCAACAGAGCUGGUCAAAACACAUUCAGCCUGGAACUCAUUGUUGCAGCUAAAGAAGCACACAAGCCACCUGUGUUUAUAGAGAAGCUACAGAAUACAGGAGUGGCUGAUGGAUAUCCUGUGCGACUGGAGUGUCGAGUCUCUGCAGUGCCGUACCCUCAGAUAUUUUGGAAGAAAGAAAAUGAGUCUCUUACUCACAACACUGAAAGAGUGAGUAUGCACCAGGAUAACCAUGGCUACAUUUGCCUACUUAUUCAGGGAGCUACAAAAGAAGAUGCUGGUUGGUAUACUGUGUCAGCUAAGAACGAAGCUGGGAUUGUGUCCUGUACUGCCAGGCUUGAUGUUUAUACUCAGUGGCAACAACCACCUCAAACCACCAAGCCAAAGAAGGUGCGCCCCUCAGCCAGUCGAUAUGCAGCACUUUCUGACCAAGGACUAGACAUCAAGGCAGCGUUCCAGCCUGAAGCAAACCCAGUUCAUCUGACGUUGCAGUCUGGCUUGGUAGAGAGCGAUGACCUGUAGACCGAAGCUACCAGAUCCAUCAUUUUCUUUCAAAGCAGAAACACUGAAAGCCAUUGCCUUGACCAAUGAUACUUCUAUGUCACUUUAUGUAAAGACAGACACCUUCAAGUACAAAAAUCCCCACCAUAACCAUAUAUUUCUUAUGCCUAAUAAAUUAAGCUAGGUAGCUGAUGUACACAGUGCACAGAAAAUCACAUUCACCACUCAGUUCCCUAUGUCUGCAUUGCUAGAACUCUUAUGAAUAGCCUUUUUCAUAAAGGGCAGAACACUGAAGCGAUUCAGAAGUUAACAGUAUAGUAUGUGUCACUAAGUACCUUCCUAAGCAAGAUGUAGAUGCUACAUUAUUAAUGGUGUGAGAAGAUUCAUUUGAGGCUUUUGGGCCACAAAGGAAAUUUAAAAUGGCAAUGCAGCAGCAUAGCUACAGUGCACAAGUGCAAUAUUCUAAGAAUAAAAUAGGAAGGAAAAACUGAAGCAAAUAUCUUGUUUAUACAGUGAGAGGGGAAAUACUUGCCUUAAAAUGUUAGAAAUGCCAUUACAAUACAGCAAAGCUGACACCUUAGUUUAAUUUUUUUCCUAUUUUCUUUUUUUGCCAGGUAGGAGGGCUUAUUUACAAACAUACUGCAAGGCUAAUUUCAGCAUAAAUAAUUGAACCUAGUCAAACUAAUGAGCAGAGGCAUAAUACGCUCUACUACAGACUAAAUCCUAGCACCCAAGUAAAGGAUACUUUUGGGAAAGAGAAGAGCGCCAACAGUAUAGUUUUACUACAUAAAGUUAGCAAAAGGGGCGAGGGGACAGGGAAGUAUGGAUGUUUGGGAGGGUUAAAGCAGAAUCUGCCAACUAACAGAACUCUGCUAUUCACACAUUUGAAAUUCCUAGGUCAGCAGCAAGCUAUGGAGUUUAUGUAUUUGACAUUUCCGAAUGUUUAGAUCUUGUGAAUGUGUAUAAGGGUUUUAAGAAUGUAGAGCAAGUGAAAAUAUGGACUGAGUCUGCAACUGGAGUAUAAAUGACAAGCACAUAUUCUAGAGGAUAGUCUAGUAGAAUGAGGAUGGAGAAAAACAGAUGUGCCAUUUUACUGUUUUCUUAAGACAUGUAGGUGGAUGAUAAAUAUUUGUUCUCUUCCCUAGCAUACAAUAACUAUGCUGUGUCUAGGGGCUGUGUGCAGUAGGUAAAGACUUUAGAACAAAGGCUACUUCCAGGAAGCAAAGUGAUUCCACAUCAAACUGGACUCUACCUAGUCUACUGUACUAGGCAGCUUUGACUCUGAACCAAUAACUUUUAGUUGAGGGGGCAGACAAAUUUUAACUGGGCCUAACGGGAGGAGAGGAAAAUUGAGGUACUGAUGAUACGAGAGUACUUUGAUAUAAAACAUGCUGUAUUCCUUAUAUGAAGCACAUACAUGGUAUCUCAUUAUUUAUAAUAAAAAGUGUUGAAAUCA